UCCCAUGAAAACCCAAUCCCCUUCAACUUCCGGCGGCGGAGACGGCGCCGGCACCGCCAGCAAGAAGCCCUUGAAGGGAGUCAGAAUGAGGAGAUGGGGAUCAUGGGUGUCCGAGAUACGAAACCCCCAUCAAAAAAGCCGUAUUUGGCUCGGCUCCUACUCCUCGCCCGAAGCAGCGGCCCGUGCCUACGACGCCGCACACCUCUGUCUCAAGAGCUCCUCAGCCUCCCUCCUCUCUCCCAAAUCCAUCCAACGCAUCGCCGCCACCGCGGCCGCCGACACCGCCUCAUCUCCGCCCCCUGCUGAGCUUAUAAAGUCGACGCCUUUAUCCGACAAUAACUCUUCCUCCGUCGUCGCGAGUUCGGCGGAGGACUCAUGUGUUGACUUUGGCGAGUUCCAGCUGUCGCCGCCCAAGUGGUUCGUGGAAGAUCAUAUGAUGAACCCAUCGGGUUUCUCCACUACAUGUCUUCAGGCCGAAGAGUUGAAUGAGAUCGCCGGCGAUAUCACCCUGUGGAGCUUCUUGAAAUGACAGGGAAAGGGCGAUGUGCACAGAGAAAUUUUAUUUUAAAAUAAGUAUAAUACAUAAUUAAUUAAUUAUAUUUAUGUUAUAGUUAUUUUAAAAUAAAUUAUUUCAAAAAAUGAGCUAAAAAUUCAGAUCAAA